AUGAACCUGCCAUUCAACGGAGGGAGCGAGUGGCCGGACGUUUUCGACUUCUUCAAACGGGGGGAUGACAGCGAGGGAGAGGGGACGCUCACUCUAGGAAGGAGGCAGCAGAAGGAGGCUAAGACAAGAGAUGGGACAGAGGAUCCCCGAAGAAAGGAUCCUCUCAGAAAGAGCUCAUUUCAAGGGGACACGCACGAACUCAAGGAGAUGCUUGCGAGCUGCAAGCCUUCUCAGAUCGAGGUGGUUGCUGCGAAAUCGCAUGCAGAGGUGAUGGAGAAGGCAAGGAUGGCUGCCCAGAAGAUCAUUGGAGCAGCGCAUGAUCGCAGAUAUUUCGUCCUGGACAAGAAGGUCGAGGCAGAAAUUGUUAUCAAACAGGUGCUGGCAGAAGCAGAAGCAGAAAACAAGCCCAAGGACAUUGUCCUCGGCAAACUGCGCAUGAAGGAAAUAUCGCGAGUGUGA